AUCUCAAAACUGAGGUAUUUCCAAUUACAUCCCUGUUUCUUCUUUGUAUGCUUCUCCUCCUCAGUCAUUUGUUCUGAGAUCAACCUUGCAUCAGGUUUAGGGAAUGGCUGCGAUUUUAGCUCGGAAAUCACUCCUUGCUCUUCGUGCCCGCCAAUUGGCUGUAAGCGGUCAAGGCCUGCACAGCUCCCAAUCCUAUGGGCUUCGAUUAAGUGCACACUCCUUCUCUACCAAACUAGAGGAUGAACAAAGGGAGCAACUUGCAAAGGAAAUUUCAAAGGAUUGGAGUUCUGUUUUUGAACGAAGCAUCAACACUCUUUUUCUCACUGAAAUGGUUCGAGGUCUAAUGCUUACUCUGAAAUACUUCUUUGAAACAAAAGUUACAAUCAAUUAUCCAUUUGAGAAAGGACCUUUGAGCCCUCGUUUUCGUGGUGAACAUGCUCUCCGAAGAUAUCCAACAGGGGAGGAACGUUGUAUUGCUUGCAAACUUUGUGAAGCUAUAUGCCCUGCACAAGCAAUCACAAUUGAGGCUGAGGAGCGAGAAGAUGGCAGCCGCAGGACAACUCGGUACGAUAUUGACAUGACCAAGUGCAUCUAUUGUGGUUUUUGUCAAGAGGCCUGCCCUGUUGAUGCCAUUGUUGAAGGGCCAAACUUUGAAUUUGCUACAGAGACUCAUGAGGAACUUUUAUAUGACAAAGAGAAGCUGCUUGAAAACGGUGAUCGAUGGGAGACUGAAAUUGCAGAGAACCUGAGAUCUGAAAGCCUUUACCGCUGAAUUUUACCAUGUGAUCAUUGCCUGUUACUUUUUCGGUGGCAAUGAUGAAUAAAAUGACCACUGAAUGGUUUUAAAGAAGUGUAUGCAUUCACGAUUGUUAAGUCAGUUUUUUUGUCAAUGUUUUUGCAUUACUGUUAAGUAUACAAUAUUGUUGAUGUUUAUCUUAUUGAAAUCUUGAACAAAUAUGGAAAUAAUUGAACUAUUCAACA